GAAAAUCACUGGGAGCCGCAUGGUCGCAGCAAGAGCAACAGAAGGGACGCGUGACCACCAUGGGGCGGCUGAGCAAAACUAAGAACCAGAAGAAAGAGCGUGCAGCAGCCCAGCAUCGAUCUCAGGAGGAGUAUAGCGGUGUACCUCACUCCUUUGUUUUUCACCGGGGUCAUGUUGGCAAAAAUUUGCAGCAGCUCAUCCUGGAUGUCCGGCGUGUGAUGGAGCCAUACACAGCCACUAAUCUCAAGGUGCGAAAGAAGAACACUCUGAAAGAUUUUGUGGCCGUGGCUGGACCCUUGGGCGUCACUCACUUCUUGGUGUUCACCAAAACCCCAACCACUGUCAACCUUAAACUUUUCCGUCUUCCUGGUGGACCAUCCCUGACCUUCAGAGUUACUCAGUAUUCGCUCAUCAAGGAUGUUGUGUCAUCCCUGAAGCGGCAUCGGAUGCAUGAGCAGCAGUUCACCCACCACCCACUCCUGAUACUCAACAACUUUGGCCUUCAAGGCAUGCACAUCAAGGUCAUGGCCAGCAUGUUCCAGAACAUGUUCCCUUCCAUCAAUGUCCACAAGAUUAACCUGAAUGCCAUCAAGCGCUGUGUCCUGAUCAGCUAUGAUGCAGACAGCCAGACUCUUGAAUUCCGGCACUACAGUUUGAAAGUGGUACCUGUAGGGAUGAGUAAAGGGUUAAAGAAGUUCCUGCAGGAGAAGUUUCCCAACAUGAACCGCCUUCAGGACAUCAGUGAGCUGCUGGUCAACUGCAGCAAGGGGCAGGGGCAGCAGGUGGCAUCACUUGAUGACAUGCAAUGCUGUGAUGCCACUUUUGUUCACAAGACUGAGCAAGAGAUCCAGGAGGCCCUAGUGAGGAAAGAAGAGAAGUUACAGCUGAAGGCUGAGCGCCGCCGCAAGCAGGAGGUAGAUGUGGAACGUAAGCAGGAGCAGAAAACAGCUCACAGGAAGAAGAGCCUGGAGGGGAUAAAGAAAAAGAAGCGGCAAGCAGAGGGAGGUGACAGUGAUGCAGAGGAUCCUGGGAUGCAGGAGGACCAGAAUGCGGAUGAACCAUCAGAUGAUGAUACAGAAUAUUACCGCCAGGAAGUGGGAGAAGAGCCUGAUGAAGAUCUGUUCCCACAAAGCACCAAGAGGAAACGAGGCCUUGGCCAGUCCAUCAAGCCACGAAAAAGGUGUAAAUACUCCCGCUCUGCAGGUGAUCAGAACCCAGCCCCUGCAGGCAGAAGCCCAAAGGCGAAGCACAAGAGGAUUCGACGGCCCGGGCAGGGCUGGCAGCCAAGGGACUCACCUGGUCUUAGAGAGCAGCAGCAGGGCACGAGACAGCUGGGGAGAGCACGGAAUGCCAAGCGGAAGCCAGCCCAAGGUCCAGGGCGAAACCACACGAAGCAGCAGCGUGGCUCAAAGCCUCAGGGGCCCUGGAGGCAGGGCAAGCCUGGACUGCUGAGGAGGCAGGCACCAAAGGGAAAAGGAGCCUUCGGGAAGCAGAGACGUUCAGGGAGGAAAGGACCGGUGUAGUGCUCUGGGACUGUCCUUUCACUUGGCAUUUGUUUUUUUGUAAUAUAUGGGCUACCUGAGUUGCUUGCGUGUGUGUCUAAAUUGGGCUUGCAUCAUCGUUGUGCAGAGCAAAAACUGGUUUGAAUCUGUGUGGGAUGGGAUGUAGGUAGAUGCUGGCUAGAAGUGGCAGCUGACUGGGUUCAUAUGACAGUCACUGCAGAAGAAGAGACACAGACGUGGGACAGUGGAGAAAAAUAGAUUACAGCUAGAACUAGCCGUUUAUGCAGGUUUGAAUCCUUGAUCAGUGCUACCUCCAUCUCUUUCCUCUUCCCACUCCCAACCCUCCAUUGCUGUUUCAGUCACCUCAUUUAAAGCAGAAAUGCUGAUUUACUUGCUUAGGCAGGAGGGUACUUUCCUAAGAGUGUAUGCUUACCUGCCCAUCUAGGCAGCAGGGCAGGAUGACAAGAGCAAGCCCCAACUGUAGCCAGCCCAUUCGGUAUAUUCAGUAGCUUACCGAGGAGAUCCUUACUCCCAACAGUCACUGCAGCUGGGCAUUUUCAUGUGUGCUGCUGCAGCAGAGCUUGUGAGUGUGAAGUCUAUGAAAGUAAUCCACAAGUCUGACCACUUAGGGGAUAUAUUUUUCAGCAUCUCUACUGACGUUUGCCUAGAGCUUUCGAACAGAGCAGUGUUUUUCGGAAGCAUUUGGAGGCGUCACUCACAGUUGGCAACCCAGUUAUGUUCUGAGCUCAGAGGAGUAUGACCUGUGCAGGUGAAAUGCAGCCCAACCUACGUUUGACCAAAGUGGUAAUUCUAUGCAUUGCAUAUUAAUUAAUUUAGAAUAUACUUACCUGAAUGUAAGUCUUCCAAAGUUCAGUGGGGUUUUCUGUCAAACAUCCAUCAAUUUUUAAGAAGUCUGGACCUCAGAAUGAUUGUAGAGGGUUGGCUCCUUUCGCAGAUUUUUUUUAGGACGUGGUACAGCCAGCUUCCCUCGCUUCUUUCCUGAGUGGUUUUCAGAUUUGUUUGGCUUUUUGCUUGUCCAGGUCCUAGUUAAUGUGACAUGGGCAGCCAAAUGGGAAGUGUGGAGGUGGAGGCCUAUUUAUUAUUAAACAGGGGAAGCGAAUGUGUGUGUCAGAUGAGCUAAAGCCUGCCUCCCUCCUCGUCUUUCCUUACCAUGGUAUCAUUAUCUAAAACAUUGCCCCAGUCUGAUGCCAGUACUGGAAGAAAGCCAGGCAGAAGCAAAUGCUUCAAGGAGUGCUGUGAGAUAAGGGAGGUUUUAACUCCCUUCACUCAGUAGGCUGCCACAUGAACAGGUAGAACGAACAUCAAUAAAUGCACAUAGAUGCCCUUGUCAUGCACAAUCUGGCCCUUGAAGUCUGCUGUGGAAUUCAUUUAUUUGCACAUACAUGUAUCAUCCAUGGUUCAUAGUAUUGUCCUUGCGCUACCAAACUUACAAGAGGUACGGCUGUAUGCAUUGCCCCCCCCUUUUUUGUUGGGAUCAGGGCCCCCAUCAGAUCAGCCAGAGAUCAAUGAAUGUCCACAUCAAGCAAGAAGCCAGUGGAGGUGUGGAAUUCUAGUAUUUCUAGCUCUCUAUGCUCAUUCCGGUAUUCUGUAUCCAAGACCCACCCUACACCUGCUGGGGGCACAAGGGGAAAAAAUCCAGUCUGUUGCAGAUCAACCAACCUGUUCUCCAUUAGGUACUAGUCACAGCAUCUGUAACCUUUAUUGGCGGCGUCAUAAAUCCCAUGGCACAUUCUAGGUACUUCUCAGCUGGUAGCAGUUAAGUGGCAGGCUGGUCUGUCUCACACAACUUGAUUUCAUAACCAUGUACCAAAAGCAGGACAGUUGGAAUUGCAAAAUAGCGGUUCUUUGGUCCUGAAGACUUACAAGCAGAAA